AUGUAUGAAGACGAUAUUUCAACACCUUAUUAUAUGUUUAUAGCACCAAGAACUGAAGUAAUAAUUGAUAAUAUUAAAAAAGGAUUUCCAUUAUCAAAAGCUUUUAAAACAAACAAGACUUUAUCAAAAAAUAUGUAUGAAAAUAAAUAUGAUUAUACACUUAUAAAAUUUGUUGAAAAUUUUAAUGCAUACAUAUCGAUGUAUUUUGAUUACGAAACGGUUGAUAUUGAUAAUUUAAAAAUAGGAAAAAAAGGAAGGGUUUCUACUGGAUAUGAGAUCGAUAAGGCUUUUAUGGGAGUAUUUUGUUUUUUCAAAGGUAGAGAUAUAAAACCAUUUUAUAUAGUUGCUAUUUUAUUACAAGAUGAAAAUGAAUUUCCGGUAGAAUAUGAAAAUAUAGAUGCUAAGCUUGAAAUAGUAUAUGUCAAGACACAAAAAGAAUUUUUUUUAACAAAGGCUAUGUUAUAUUGUAAUUUCCGAUCUGAAAAAACUGGAGGAUGGAAUAAUCUCGGAUAUGACUGGAAAUUUACUAUUCGGAAAUUGUAUGAAUUAAAUAUAUUCCAAGAAUUUUAUAAAAUUGCUACUGGUAAAGAAAGGGAAAUAGAAGAUAUUAUUAAAUAUUUUUAUAAAGAAGAAUUUAUUACUAUAAAUGCAAAUGAAAAAACAAAACAUUAUUAUAUCAAAAUUGAAGGAACUGAAGAAUAUGAUCACCAAACUAUUUUUCGACAACAUUUUGGAACAUUAUCAAAAUGGUCAUUAAAUACUAUAUUAGGAAAACUCAAAUUAGAUCUGAAGUUAGAAUUUUCUAUAGAUGAGAUGUAUGAAAUAUUACAUAAUUGCUAUAGUCGAAAUUAUGAUGAGACAAGAAAAAGAAAAUGCACCAUUAUUUUAGAAUAUUGUAUUAGGGAUUGCAUAGCACCAAAAGAAGCAAAUGAACACAUAAACAAAAUUACCGAAUAUAGAUUAGUAUCCGAAUUAACAAAUAUAACCAUGAUAGAAUAUUCUCAUGGAAAUAAGACAAAAAUGAUUAAUAAUACAUUAGUAUUAAUUGCUUUAUUAGAAGGUUUUAAUAUAUCAUUUAAAUAUAAUGAAAAACAUGAGAAAGAAGAUUUUGGUGGUGGCACAGUUAAAGAGCCUAAUAAAGAAUAUUCCUUUACGUUUGAUAUAUGUUUGGAUUUUAAUUCAUUAUAUCCCAAUCUUAUGAUGCAAAAUAACAUUUGUUUUCUUACUAAAAUUGGUUCUGAAUCAAAUGAAGAAUGUCAUGAAAUAUCAGUUGAUAUGAAAAAUGGAAAUACUAAAAUAGGCAAAUUUUCAAAAAACAAAAGAGGAUUAGUACCUUUAAUUUUGAGUUUGUUUGUAAAACGAAGAAAGGAAGCAAAAGUUAAACGUGAUGAAUAUGAUAAAGGAAAUUUAUUGUAUGAUUAUUACAAUAUUUUACAAGAUUUAUUAAAAAGAAUAGCUAAUUCUAUUUAUGGACAAACUGGUAAUCCAUAUUCAAUUAUAUGUGAUUAUGAUAUAUCAGCUGCUGUUACUUCAUUUGGCCAAAAAUAUAUAGAAAUGGCAUCGAAUUAUAUGAAGAGAUAUACACCAUUGAUUAUAAAUGAUAUUGUUAAAAAAUACGAAUAUCGAUUAUUAGAAGAAGGAAUAGGAUUAGAAAAAUUUACAAAAAUAAUAUAUGAUAUACAAGAAGAUAUGAUGUUAAGUGCGUAUGAUGAUGGUAUUGAAUUGCAAAAUGAAAUAAAUGAUUGGUUUGCUAAUAAAAUGGGAUUGCCGAGAAUAGUUAUGGAAAUGGAAAAA